AUGGGCGGGUAUGCUAUCUUCCUGGCGCCUGUGGCGGGCAUCAUCUGCGCGGACUACUGGAUCGUGAAGAAGCGGAAGAUUGAUAUCCCUGCCCUGUAUGACCCCUAUGGACGCUAUCGGUAUUGGUAUGGCAUCAACUGGCAGGCCAUGAUCGCCUUCCUUGUCGCUCUUGGACCUAACCUUCCGGGCUUGGUCUAUUCUGUCGGAAGCACCAUAGGAGGCUCAUAUAUCUACAUCACAGAGGGAGCCAAGCAUAUCUAUAGCUUCGACUGGCUAUUCGGGUUUGUGAUGAGUGUGUUCCUGUACACGGGCUUGAGUCUUCUCUUCCCGGACCAGAAUGUACUAGUUGAAGAGACCAUCCGGACGCUCGAGGUCAUCGAUUCUAAGCUGCACGUUGAUGGCGACGGGGAGAAGUCGGCGAGCGUAGGCACCACUGCCUUAGAAACCAAAUCUCUAGAUUAG